CAGUCUGUCAGUCCAGUUCUAUUCUCCUUUGAAGAAUAAAAAACCAUAGAAACCAUUUAAAUUGAAAUUUAUUUUUUGACAAACGUAUUACUAAUGGAUUUUUGACGUUUUGUUUUAGAUAACGCAAGCGAUACGCAUUAUUUUCAAGAACAGCAGUAGUUUAAUGGCCGUGAGUACCCCCUAUGUAUAAUCGGUGCACUUUAAAUUUCGCGCUUUGAAACCAGUUAUAUUUGGUUUGUCACAUAGCAUAUCUUAACUAAACAUUGGCGUCGGUAUUUGCUCAUUUACAAAAUCGGGCGUUCCAAUUGGCGGUCUUCCUACUAGUGAGAAAGCAGACAUGUAAAAAUACAUGCUCAAGAAACGUCAGAAAAUUAUAAAAUCCAACCUCUGAGAUCCAACCUAUAAACAUCUUUUUUACUUUUUUGCAGGCUUGUAGCUCCCCCUUUAAAAUGAGUACUGGCGCGAUGGAAUCUGAGGUAGAGAAGAAACAAGAGAGCGAAACUGAGAUUCCUAUGGAUUUCUCUAUAAAGCAUCCUCUUCAAAACUGUUGGACUCUGUGGUACUACGAAAAUGACAGGAGUCAGUCAUGGGAGAAGAACCAAAAGGAAAUAGCUUCCUUUCAAUUUGUAGAAGAUUUUUGGAGUCUGUACAACCAUAUUAAGUCUGCAAGUGAGCUGAAGCAAGGAACUGAUUAUUCCUUAUUCAAGAAAGGAAUAAUGCCUAUGUGGGAAGAUAAGGCAAAUCAUAGAGGAGGUAGAUGGUUGCUGAGUUUAGAAAAGAAGCAGAGGGCAAAUGAACUUGAUCGGUACUGGUUAGAUAUUCUUCUGUGCUUGAUUGGUGAAGCUUUUGAACAUUCAAAUGAGAUUUGUGGUGCUGUUGUGAAUAUCAGGCAAAAAGGAGAUAAAAUAGGUAAUAUCAAAAUUAAAUAUAAUAUUUGCAGGGCUUAUUCUGGCAGUUGACUUUCUCUUUGCUGGCAUGAAUCAGUAUGUUUUCAGUUGUGAUACUUAUUACUCAUCCUACAUUCAGCUUUCCACCUAUUGUGACUUCUGUUACAUCUAAAAGAAUAAGCUUAGCAAUGUACAGUAAUAUUUUUAGUUGCUCCAGGUACAUACGUACAGGUUUGAAUUUUCCAUUAUAUUUCUAUAUAUUGCUGACAAAUUGUAGAAUAAACAGAUUACUACUAAAGUUUGUAGGCCAUGUGACAAAUUCUGACCAGUGUAUGUGUCUACAUACUGCAGGCAAUAUUGUAAGUGGAUAUACAUACUUAUAGGCUGGCCCUAUGCUGAAAUAUAGUCCAGGUAGUAUCUUCGCAUCUGAUCGGGAUUCUCAUCCGUAUUUUUUGCAUAAUCUUAUUCGAAAAGGACCUCUUUUAACGAAUAUUCAUCUUGCCAGGCGUAAAAUUGCGUUAAAAAUUGUUUGGUACAAAUUUUUAAUCAUACCAAAAUUUGUUUUUUCACUCCAACGCAGUUUUAGAAUUUUUAGUCCAUUCUGAACAAAAAAGAUGCUUUAGAACUUUACUCCAGAGUUGUUAUUUUUUCAGACAUAAGUGAUUUAAUAUUCAAAAAAGUGCAAGAUAUGCUAUGUUCGACCCUGAAAAGCCAUAUGAAAAAACGAAAAGUUCUGAAAACACACUGAGCAUAAUGAAAAACAAAUUUUUGGAAUCUGUAGCAAGAAAUUGCUUAAGUAGAUGAUGGCGCAAUUUUGGGCCUGGUAACAUGCAGAUUCGGUAAAAGGGGUCCUUCUGAAUAAGAUUAUAUAGAAAAUCAUAAUCAGAAUAUUUUUUCUAGUGGAUGCAAAGGUACUACCUGGAUAAAUAUGGUCAUGAUAGCGGGCGAUAGUGUUGUCAACGUAUGUCAUUAGUGUAUUAUAGCGAAAGAUUACUCAUUUAGAGGCCCCAUAACACGUUCACUGUGUGACCAUUUUUUGGUGACGUCCAAAAUGACUUUAUGGUACCUACCCUUUGGUGCGGCACCAGUAUCUGGUAAGCAUCCUUCAAUCGUAUGAGCUGUAAUUUGUGAGGAUGCCUUAAGACUAAUUAUAGAUAACUUUGUUGAACACUUAGAAACAAUAUUGCUGUAGUCAUACAUAGAUUAAAAAAAGUAAAUGAAAUACCAGAGGAAAAAGUAACACUCAAUUUAUAUAUACAGGGUGGCGCAUCGAAAACGAAACAGGCGCAGCUCAGUUUUUUUUGGAAAAACGCUCAGAC